UAUGUGCUACAUCCUCAUUAUUCAACCAAAAAUUAAAGCACACAUCUCAAUAAGAAAAGAAAGAAGAAAACUAUGAGUUGGUUUGGGAAAACCUCCUCAAAAGUAGUAGAAAGCAAAAGUGAGAUGGAAAGUCAUGGCAUAAUAUUCGAAACUAUCAAAUUUCAUCGGGAUCGUAAAGAAUACGAGCUUCUCAUUCACCUCCCAGGUUGCGCAAAGGAUUUGAUAAAAUUAACUUACGAGAGGUCGUCGGGAGUGCUUAAGCUGCAGGGAAAGCAAAAAAUAGAUUUCGUUCACCGAUUUCCUAUUCCGAUCGAUUGCUUGGCCACCGGAAUCUAUGGCCGAUUUCGAGGUGAAGUUCUUCACAUCAUUAUGCCCACAUCAAGGCAAGAAGGUGAUCAACCAUCUUUGUGUGAUCGUAAAUCGACGGAGCAGGUAGGGGAAGAUCGCGAAAAUUUACCUGCUAGUGUUCCGGAAUCAUUGCCGUCCCAUCAGAAAUCAACAGACGAACUGACGGGAGGAGGAGGAAAAGAUCGCGGUAAAUCACCUGCUAGUGUUCUGGAACCAUCGUCGUCCGAUCAGAAAUCAACUGAGAAAUUGACGGAAAGAGGAAAAGAUCACGACGAAUUAUCUGCUAGGGUAUUGUCGUCAUUGGCGCAGUCUGAUCAGGAAACGGCGGAGAAGUUGAGGCAAAGAGACAAUGAACUAUUUCCCGAAAUCUCCGAGCGGCAACCGUCCGUUCGAAAACCGAGCACCACAGUAAAGGAACUCACAGAAAAUUACCAAAAGAACAUCUCCAAAACUUCCUCCGCACCAUCAACGCCACGUACGGCUGCUCCAGCGCCAUGGAAUCGAUCGAGAAAAGAAGAGGGAAAAGAUCAAGUGGCAUCGUCUGAUCAGAAAAAUGCGGAACGGGGAGACCUUCAACCGGAAAAUUCAGUCGUGCAGAACGAGAAGAAAUUAAGAAAGGGAGAUUCUAGAUGCGUGCAAAUCACCUUGGACGAACAACGGGAAAUUAAACCAGAGUUGAGUAAAUCCGACCACAAAGAUGCUAAAAAGGACGGAAACGAAGGUAGCGCUAAAAUGGAGAAAAUGUUGGAUGCUUCAAAGGCUAAAGAAGAAGCUAAAAAGGAAAGAAUAGUAGAUGAAUCAAAGGCCAAAGAAGAAGCUAAAAAGGAAAGAACAGUAGAUGAAUCAAAGGCCAAAGAAGAAGCUAAAAAGGAAAGAAUAGUAGAUGAAUCAAAGGCUAAAGAAGAAGCUAAAAAGGAAAGAAUAGUAGAUGAAUCAAAGGCUAAAGAAGAAGCUAAAAAGGAAAGAAUAGUAGAUGAAUCAAAGGCUAAAGAUGAUAAAAGGGAGAAGAAAAAACCUAGUGUUAAGGGGAAGGGAACCUUAGAUGUGGUGGUGGCAAGAGUGAAGGAAAUGGGGAAGACGGCGUUAGAGGCUGCAAAGAAAGAAGAAAACCGGGCAAUGGUCAUUGCUGGGGCUGCUGCUGUUUUGGCCCUUUUCGUAAUUGGAGCUUCAUUGAGAAAAAAACCCAAAAAAUAAUUAAUAUUGUAAAACUACACCUCUUCAAAUUUAAUUUUAAUUUAUGUAUAUAUAUAUAACAAAUAAACGAGCAUAGGUUAUUAAUGCUUAUAGUAUCAAUGUAGAAGUGUGAGAAAUCAACCAUAAAUUAACAAUACUAACUAAAUUUAUAAUUGAUGAAAA